AUGCAGGCCGAGGCCGAGCACAGUAGUAGUAUCGAGUCCCAGUCGCCUGCUUCGACGGACGUCACCCGUCAUCGCUGCUACCUGUGCAGCAGAUCCUACGAAAGAUAUGACCACCUGAGCCGCCAUCUCAAGUCGCACGACAACGAGCGCUCCCAUCGCUGCGAGGACUGCGGCAAAGGCUUCAACCGCGCGGAUCUUCUGAAUCGACAUCGCGCCGCCCACGCCAAGAACUCCACGGGAGAUGUCUCUCGACGUCGGACGCCCCGAGCCUGUGAGGCUUGUAUCAAAGCCAAGACCAAGUGCGAUGACGAGCGGCCUUGCAAACGGUGCAAGACGCGGGACAUGGUGUGUGUAGAAAGCGAGGGGCGCGGCGGCGAAACGAGACACGAAGGCUCCACGAGCAACACCGGGCCCCUCCUCGAGACGCCGGUGUCUUUGCCACGCAGUACAGACGCAACCAGUCGCCCCGAAGAGAGCGUCGCCGUCUUCACCCCUCACGGAUUCCAGCCGGACUCAUUGGGUGCGGAUACCUCCCUGGAUGAUCUUAGCUUCCCGGACUUCUUCGAGCAGAUCAUGAUGCCGGAUUACGGACCUCCGACACAGCUCGCAAUACCUCCUGACGUGUCCAACUUCACCCAAGACGUCAAUCUGGAUGCUCUGGACUUGGACUUCGACUUCACCUUUCUCGCGGGCGGCUUAACGCGACCCUCGACCGCCCACGGUUUCCCCAACGGCCAUCAGCAGGCCAAUCAUCAGGCCUCCACCCCCCAUUCGAAUGCUCAGCUUCGCUCAGAAGCAUUCCAGCGAUCACCGUGGUCGUGGAAUUCCUGGAUUCCGCCCCGCAACCACCAUGCCUUUACUGGCCAGGAAGAAAUCAACGUGCGAGAGGACGGGGUGUCAGCUACACAUCGGCAUGUGAGCUCGAGCGUUCACCGCGCAGCACACUGUGAGCUGGACGGUGAGGCUAGAGAUCGCAUGAUUCGCACUGUGACUCAAGUUGCAUCUUCAAGGCUUUCAAUUCCUUCUUUUCCCUCUUUAAAGCUGCUGGAGGACCUGAUCAAUGUCUGCUUGCUCCAGGACUGUAACUCUCUUGACUCAUGCAUCCAUGCGCCUACAUUCUCAAGUCGAACGUCCAGAACCGAGCUACUCUUAGCUAUGGUGGCCAGUGGUUCGAGAUAUAUUGCCCUCGACCCUGUGUGGAAAACGGGGCUCGUCAUACAGGAAGUGGCUCGUCUUGCUGUGGCCGAGGUCUUUGAGGGCGACAAUAGCACGACGCGAGAGAUACAGCCUUUGCAGGCAUUCCUCCUUUGGCUUGACGUCGGUGUCUGGAGUGGCUUUCGGAGGAAGACGGAAAUCGCGCAAUCUUUCUUGCAGCCCGUGACCACGAUGCUGACCUGGUCACAGUCCUUCACCAAGUUUCGGUAUCAGGACUUUACGCCGCUUGUCAAUGAUUCCGACGACGUUCUCCGGGAUAAGUGGAAGUCUUGGUUAGAGCAGGAGACCCGAAAAAGGCUGGUUCUACACACAUUCGUCUACGAAUCUCGAGUUGCCCUGGCAAAUCUGCAAGGCCAGAUGCUUUCACCCGCGCAAUUGAUGUUGCCCUUACCGGCCUCGUUAGAUCUAUGGCUGGCCCCAAAUGCCCAUUCCUGGAGAAACGCACAUCUAAUGAAACGACCGCCGGACCGACAGUCCUUACCAUCCGUAAUGGACCUGUUUGGAAACUUGAGCCUCCUUAACGGUAUGCACGAAUACGUCGACAAGCCUCUGUGCAUGCUGAUUGCAUGCCAUGCUCUCGCUCAUGACGUCUCGCAAUUUCGCCAGCAGGCCAAACUCCUCGCCAAUUGGUCAUUCGAAGGACGCAGAGAUAGAUGGUUAUCGCAUUUUAACCGUCAACGCGAAAUUAUGGAUGAUCUCCAUUCGACGAACGCAUACUGCGAGAUGGACAAGAGCGUCUCGUCGGAGAUACUCUUCACAAUUGAGUAUCUAGCGAUGUCUUUACACACCGACAUGGAAGAUAUUCAAGCAUUCAGUGGCAAACUAGGCGAGCAGGAAGCACGAAAGGCCUUCCCUCGAGUUCGUGCCUGGACUGAAAAUGCCGAGGCUAGGAACGCGGUGUGGCACGCAGGACAAUGCUUCAGAAUCGCUCGUGGGUUUGAGAAGACCAAGCUGCGAGACUUCUAUGCGGUGGCAUUGUAUCAGGCAACGCUAACGCUUUGGGUUUACGGCAUGGUGACCUCAAAUACCGCUCGAACAAGCGGCGACAGGACCCCGACGCAACACAGGGGGGGAGCAACUGAAAGACCUAGUAGUCAGGGCUCCUCACUCAGCCAGGGCAGUCUCAUCUACCUUGACGACAGCAAUGACAAGACCGCCAAGCCGUUCAAGCUUCUUGGCCAAGGCGUCCCGGGUCUGAGAAGCAUCUCAAGGACCAGCACGGAGCCAGAGCCCUGGAUUCAUGCGUCAACCGACUUCUGUUCCCUAUAUGACUCCAAAGGGUUGAUGCUGCUGGCAGAAGAGACUUUGAGACAGAACUUUCCCGAGAGUCGUAAUGGGUUACCGUCACUUGUGGAGAAUCUUGUCAACCUGAUGAGUGAGCUUGGAAAGCUUUCCGGGCGAUGA